AUGUCUUUUUUUUCUCCUACUUCAUAUUUUUACAUUUUCUUUUUUUCUAACCACAUGAGGCCGAUUGCUGCCAAAAUAAAUCAACCUGCUGGGGAUGGACAAGGAAUAAAAAGACCCUAUGAAGAUGGACCAGGAUUUGGUGAGCCUGAUGUGAAGAAGACUCCUGCUGCAAUAAAUGAUCCCAUUGGAGCCCAACUACGUGCUAUGGCUGAGCAACAAAGGUCAAAUCAAGCUACACAGGCAGCACAAGCAGCUCAAGAAGCCGCUGCACGUCUCAAUCAACAGUUGGGUGUUUCCAAUCCUAAUUUGCAGAAGUCUUCUCCAGUCACUAGCCCUGGACCCCAUUCAACUAUGGAGAUGGUCUCCUCAGAAUACAAAGUGCCUGACAAACUUGUUGGUUUGAGUAAGCACUUUUUAAAAUCCCCUCCUGAAAAAUGCCAAAGAGAUGUAAGGUGCAUCAUGUUAGGCUGA